AUGGAGAGUGAAGAGAGCUUUUUGGUGUUAGUGCAUCAUGUUAGAAAAAUAAAAAGGAGUAAGAGGCACGGUGUGAAGUUUACAGACAGAGAACCGCUGAGUGUUUUUGUCAGGUCGUCUGAUACACUGUUGGUUCUGAAGAGCAGUAUACUGCAGAAGUUGGCCGCGGGUGGCACAAAGUGGGUGAAGAAGCUGCUCUACAAGAUCCCUAUUGCGGUUGUGUCAACCGGUGUGCAAUACGAAACGUUCGUGUUACGAACAGAUGAAGAUAUGCAGGUGUUGUUUCAUUGUCGUCGGAGUUUUCCGAAAGUGAGGAUACAUGAGUUGUUUGCGAAGCUGGAACAUGGGAUUGAUAGUUCUGGUGCAUCUGCUCCAAACCCCCAGUCCACCACGAUAGGGGGUGCCUCCACCUCGAUGCCCGUCGUUGCACCUGAGUAUUUGUUGGAGUAUCGGCCAGCCGGUCCAAUUGGGGCAUUCACCUCAACUCAUCCAUCCCCAGAUGUAGGACAUGAGGGGGAACCGGACCGGGUGGAAAAUGCUAUGCAAGAAGAUGAUUCCGAUGAAGAGCCUGCUGACAUUGGAGGGAACAACGAUGAUGAAAUUUUGACAAACCCAGCAAGAUGUCAACCGCCGUCAAGUGCCGGCACACAUGAGCAACCUACACAUUAUUCUACCCUGAAUCUGGGAGCCAUCAGCCAACCGACGGAUUCAGCACCAACCUUUGGGGGUCGAGGCUUGCACGAGGAAAAUUCUGUAACUGAAUUUCAAGUUGGCCAAUCUUUCCAUAGUAAGGAGGAAGCUGUGCUUACUGUAAAGGAUUACAGCAUUCGGCGCGGAGUUGAGUAUAGAGUGAUAGAGUCAGAUCAUCUUAAGUACAUGGGAGAUGCAAGGAGUUUGGAAAGAGUUGCACAUGGAUGA